UUCUUAUUGAAUGGAAAAUUUGUUACCGACUGCAAACCCAAUUCUUUAAACUCCGUUUGAAUUUACAAACCCUAAAUUUGAUUAUCCUGGCUAGAUUGGGUAUUUUAUUUAGUAAUUAGUCCCUUGCCUUAUUUUCAUCAUUAAUAUAAGCCUCCAAAAGAUGUUCUUAACUUCGAAUGCUGCGAUAUCGACUUUUUUUAAAGAGAAUAAACCUAGUUUAAGACAUUUCACGAAUUGCAUAACAAUUCAGCCUUGGUUUAUUAAAGAUUUGUUAUCUAAACUCCUAAAGGAUAGAAUUUUGCAUCUCCGAAAUACUCUGGAACUUAACUAUUUUCAAAGGGACCCAUUCAUUUUGACUCUAACUAUGAAUGUGGCAAUCUGUACACUGUACAUAGAGUUGCCAAUAAAAAAUAUAAUUUGAUAUUGCAUAAUGAUACCCAAACUAAUGGUUGCACAAGAUGGUAUUUCUUUAGUGUCAGAACUCCAGAAAGAAUGAUGCUUCAAUUGAAUAUUAUCAAUUUGAGUAAAUCAGCAUCAUAUUUAAGUGUCAACCCCUACAUUUACACUGCUCGUACUGGAUGGUAUAGAGGUGGAGAUAAUGUGUAAUAUUAUAAGAACAACUAUAAAAAACAUCAAGACGCUAACUAUUACACCUUAUCAUUUAGUUAUCUCUUUGAAAAAGAAGAUAUCACCUACUUUGCCUUGUAUCCACCCUACGGAGUAACAAGUCUCCAAUCCUUCUUGAAACCAUUGUCGAACUUGUAUUUAUUUUAUCCUAAUUUAGAUCUUUUUUUAAAUUGAAAUCAAUAACUAUUAAUCCAGGUAAUUAAUGCCCUGUGAUCACUAUGGGAGAUUCAUCUAAGCCUUUAAUAGUUAUACUGGCAAGAUAACACCCUUCAGAAGUGAUAUCUUCGUAUGUGGUUGAAGGCAUAAUUUAAUAUUUAACAAACGAAGACGGUCAAAAUCUGAGAGAGUAAUUUUAUUUCAAAAUUUUACCAAUGAUGAAUCCAGAUGGUGUUAUCCAUGGAAACAGUACUACUACACUGUAGGGAAUAGACAUCAACUAAAAAUGGCAUAAAGUUAAUAAAUUAAUCCCUAGUGCUCAGCAUGUAAAAGCAAUCUUAAAAAAAUCCGAAAAUUUACAUUUGGUUUUAGACUUACAUCAAACAUUUAAUAAGUAAAAAAUUAAAAAAUAUUAAUUAGAUAUGGAAUAACUUUUGUCGGUAAAUAUCAUCAAGAUCAACCAUUUAUUGCAGCCUUUUAACAAACUUGCAAAUACGUUAAUUUGAAUUAAAGUAAAUUUGGAAAAUCAACAAAAAUGGAAAAUACUCUUCCAUUCGCUUUAGGGUAAUUUAUAUUAUUUUAUUAGAUCUAUUGUAAAAAUGGGUUGCAUAUUUUAAAUGAGAAUUUCAAAUCAAGACGGGAAUGGUAAAGAUAUUUAAAUAAAAACCCUUUAAUAGAUUGGCAUUGAUAUUUGCAAAGCUAUUGAUCUAACAACAGCUCCUUAACUUAUCAAGGAAUUCCCAAAAUUCUAAUAAUAAAUGGAUAUUUCAGAUUCUGAAUCAUGUCACUCUUUUGAUGAAAAUACUUAAAAUAAAAAAAGAAUUAUUAAGAGAAAAUUAACAACUAUCAACACAGGAAAUGAAAAUAAUCUAUCCAUUGCAACAACUACAACAACUAAAAAGUCAUUUCUUCCAUCAAAACUCAAACCUCUAGGUGAUAUAUCCUAGUACUAAACAUCAAAUAAAAAGCCAAUCCAAUCAUCCCAAUUUAAAACUAGAGUCAGAUCUUUUUCAACAAGAGCUCCUGAUUUCUAUCUAAAAAAUUGAUUAGC